GAAAACUAAAUUAUUUGAAAGUUUGAGUUGCCAUAGCAACGAUUUAUAGAAGAUUGUCGUAUUUUCCGACAUCUCAACUCAACGUUUGGUGCUCUCUGUCAAAAUAUUUACAAAAUUUUCUUCCAUUCAUUGAGUCGAAGUACAAUAAAAUGACAAUGUCUGGUCCCAUUAUCCUCCUUAAAGAAGGAACUGAGAACAGUCAAGGCAAGCAGCAGAUUAUCAGCAACAUAAAUGCAUGCCAAGCGGUUGCUGAGGCAGUUCGCACAACUCUUGGACCUAGGGGAAUGGACAAGCUGAUUGUUGAUAGUAAAGGUAAAACUGUUAUAUCUAAUGAUGGUGCAACCAUCUUGAAAGAAUUGGAUGUUGUUCAUCCUGCAGCUCGUACUCUAGUGGACAUUGCUAAAUCUCAAGAUGCUGAAGUUGGCGAUGGCACAACGACAGUCACUCUUCUGGCAGCAGAGGUUUUAAAGCAAUGUAAACCACUAAUUGAAGAUGGCAUUCAUCCUCAAAUUAUUAUGAGGAGCUUACGCACUGCUUUACAAAUGGCUAAAGCUAAAGUAAAUGAGUUAUCUGUUAAAGUUGAGAAAGGAGACGAAAAGAAACAACGGGCUUUGUUAGAGAAGUGUGCUAUGACUACUUUGAGCUCCAAAUUAAUUGCAUCCCAGAAGGAAUUUUUUGCAAAGAUUGUGGUUGAUGCAGUGAUGCAACUUGAUGAGCUUCUUCCAUUAAAUAUGAUUGGUAUUAAGAAAAUUCAGGGUGGAGCUAUGGAAGAAUCUAUGAUGAUACCUGGAGUAGCUUUUAAAAAGACUUUCUCAUACGCAGGAUUUGAAAUGCAGCGUAAAAAAUAUCUGAAUCCUAAAAUAGUGUGUCUAAAUGUUGAAUUAGAAUUAAAGUCUGAGAAAGAAAAUGCUGAAAUCAGAGUGGAAAGCGCUCAGGAGUAUCAAAAUGUAGUUGAUGCUGAAUGGAAUAUCUUGUAUAAUAAAUUAGCAAAAAUCGUAGAAAGUGGAGCUAAAAUAGUUCUUUCUAAACUACCCAUAGGAGAUGUAGCUACACAAUAUUUUGCCGAUAGGGAUAUGUUUUGCGCCGGACGGGUGCCUGAAGAUGAUUUAAAGAGAACUUUAAAAGCUUGUGGUGGUUCUCAACUGUCAACUUGUUAUGAUAUCACAGACAAUACUUUAGGAACUUGUGAGGUCUUUGAAGAAGUACAGAUUGGGGGAGAGAGGUUUAAUUUAUUUACUGGGUGUCCAAGCAGUAAAACUGUAACGUUAAUACUUAGAGGUGGAGCUGAACAAUUCAUUGAAGAGAGUGAACGAUCUUUGCAUGACGCAAUCAUGAUUGUAAGAAGAGCUAUGAAAAAUGAUAGUGUUGUAGCUGGAGGUGGAGCUAUUGAAAUGGAACUGUCUAAAUUCUUGCGUGAUUAUUCAAGAACUGUUAAAGGAAAAGAACAACUUAUUAUUGGGGCCAUGGCAAAAGCCUUGGAAGUUAUUCCUAGACAACUGUGUGAUAAUGCUGGCUUUGAUUCCACAAAUAUUUUGAAUAUGCUUAGGCAGAAACAUGCCACUGGUGGUAUUUGGUAUGGUGUGGACAUUAACAAUGAAGAUAUUGCUGAUAAUUUUGAAGCUUGUGUCUGGGAACCUGCUGUUGUAAAAGUAAACGCUCUUACAGCUGCCACAGAAGCUGCCUGCCUGAUUGUCUCUUUGGAUGAGACAAUCAAGAAUCCCAAGUCAAAUGUCACGCCUCCCGGCAUCCCCGGACGAGGACGUGGGCGACCAUUCUAAUGAUCAAAUGAACUGCUUUAUCAAACUAUUUUGUAUUGCUUUUUCAUUCACAUCAUCACAUACUAAAAACUUAUGCUGUUACAAUUGUUUUGUUCUUUGUACUAAACUUUCUGUUACUUGUCUGAAUUUGUUUAACUAAAAAAUAUUAAAUAAGCUUACACGUA